GCAGGGACGACGAGCUUCAGAGCAAGAUUUUGGGGCUGAGAAAACCGGUUUGGAGCGCGACCACCGUGAUUCAGAAUUGGUGGUCGACGGAGGUCGCAAGGUCUGCGUUUUCGAACUCCGCGGCGUCUCCGUUCAGCUCUUGAAGUCUAAACGCUUCGGCCACGCUCUCAAGGUGCUAACAUGGAUGGAAACCCAAAACGAUUUUCGAACGUUGCCAGGUGAUCAUGCAAUGAGGUUGCAGUCGACCAUAAAUGUGAAUGGUAUGUUGGAAGCUGAAGAGUAUUUUGAGCAACUUAGCACUGCUUCAAAAAAAGCUGCUUGUCUCCCUCUUCUUUGUGGUUAUGUUGUGGAGAGGGACACAGAGAAAGCUGAGGCACUAAUGCUGAAGCUUGGCGGGUUGGGGCUCAUUGUGAACCCUAACCCGUAUAAUGAGAUGAUGAACCUGUAUAUGUCCACAUCUGAAUUUGGGAAUGUGCCCCUUGUUGUACAGCAGAUGAAGAAAAACAAGAUCCCCUUAACUGUUUUAUCCUAUAACCUUUGGAUGAAUGCGAAUGCCAAGCUAUCCGGGUUUGGUUUGGUGGAGAUGGUUUAUAAAGAAAUGUUGAAUGAUAAGAAUGUUGAGGUUGGAUGGAGAACUUUGUCUACUUUAGCUUGGCGAAGUUAGGUGAUAUUGUAGAAGCCGAGAGGAUUUUUAUGGAGUGGGAAUCCAAUUGCUUUAGGUAUGAUAUUCGAGUCUCCAGUGUCCUUGGAAGCAUAUGUGGAAUGGAAUGACUGCGAAUGCUGAGGCCUUGCAUCUGCACACAUUGGAGAAAGGCGGUUAACCAAAUUAUAAGACAUGGGAGAUCCUUAUGUAAGAAAGGUUGAAAAGCAACAUGGACAAAGCCAUUGAAGCGAUGAAAAAAGGGUUUAGUGUGUUGCAAGAUUGUCAUUGGAGGCCAUCGGAUGAUACUGUAAUCGCCUUUGCUGAUUAUUUCGAAAAGCAUAGGAACAUUGAGGAUACAAAUUGGUAUAUUGGAGUUAUCCAUUUAUUUGGGUUUGCAAGUUUGACAUUAUACAAAUCACUGCUUAGAAUGCGCCUUUCUGCUCAGAGAUCAGCCUCUGACAUCCUGAAGAUGAUGGAGGAGGACAAAGUCGAGAUAGAUGAAGAUACUUAUGCCCUGGUUCAAGCCUUCAAGAACUAAGGAAGCUUUGUGGCUAUACUACACCAGAAUGUGGAAGUGUGCAGGCUAACAGUUUAACGACUUAUACAAGGGGCAACAAUGCAUCAAAUCUUAGGAUGGGGAUUUCGAAUGCUUAUAAACAAGGUCAGAGUACGCAGUGCAACUUAGAGUGGAAUGAACUUGAGAAAUUGAGUCGCAUCUACGCUGAUUGGAUUGAAGAUAUGCCACUUCUACAUGACUCAUCAAGAAAAGUGGAGUGCUACUCGAGUUUAGUAUGACAUGUGUAAGGGAAUAGAUUAGUUCUCUAUAGAUAUACGAAGCUUCUUGUAAUUUCCUCUAACACCUUCCUUUUGUUAAGUGAGUGUGGGAUUGACUUCGAUUGUGACCCGUAGCCUAGUAAAGAGGAGAUGCUUCAUACCCAAGAGCCUACAACGCCAGAUUUUAAAUAUCUUGAUUUUCCGUAUCUCUGUUGUGUAGGGAUUUUAGCUGUUAUCUUCCGAAUUUUAUGCACAUUGUUAUUGUAAAGACAUAUUUUCAGUUUACAAGAUACGGUGUGGCACUCACAUGAAUGCAACUAGCAAAAAUUAGUUUGGCUAGUGUGAACUAUGUCAAAUCUUA